CUCAGCGUAGAUGGAUGAGGAACAGAGCUGGUGCUCACAGGAAGCCACGAGCCCUUCAAAGGCUCCUGUCGUUCUCAGCGCCGUGCUUCUUGAGCAAGCCAGGCAUUGCCUCGCAGACCUGCCUUGGAGCCACUUUCAGAAACGCAAGGUAAGGGGCCGGCGUGGCGGGGGUGGUGGUGAGGGGUCGCGUUCCCAGGGCCUCAGGCCCUGCGUUGCUUUGUCCACAGGUGUGUGGACUUUGGAAGCCCUGAAAGCUGCCCAGCCACACAGCUAACCCCAUCUCUCAGGCAUCCUGGUCAUCCUGCUGGUCGUUCUGUUGGCACCUGUCCUGCAGCUCACACACAACCUACCCUCCCAGCCUUCAUCUGACUGGCUCUCACAUACACACAGGGCUCUCCUCCUGCACACAUCUGGCCUAAGCCACAGGCUCAGAACACACAGCUAAUUUUCAUUCAACAUAUACACUUUUCCGCUUCUGGCUUCUAUCAAGACUCCCAGGUCAAGAAACACCCGCCAAAUAAGGCCUGCAGAAUAAUUCCAGCCAUUUACCAGCUGUGUUGACUUUCGUUUCUUCUUCUGAUAAUUUCCUAACACCCCAGUCUCUCUUAUUCCUUUCAUUUUCACUGGUAAAAUUAUGGAGGAAGGCUAGAAUUGUUAUUCAUUUAACUAGAAUUGGUAAUCAUUUAACACAGUUUUAUUUUUUAUUUUUUUGAGACCCUGAGAUGCCCCAGGUCUUCAGCAUCUGUUUGCAGGAAUAAACCAAAACCUCUCUCUUGAGAAACACAUAGCUUGGGUGUUUGGGUGUGUGGUGGUCAGGGUGGGAGAUGGGGAAUAGAUGUGAAUUAUCGAACAAUGUGAAAAGGUUUUGAUAAGGAAUAUCAGGGUGCCACUAAGAAGGAUACAAGAGGAGGUGGCCUUGAGUCAGAAAGCCUCCUGCAUUGUUCCGAUUCACAUGUGGACGUGUGAAUAACUUUAAGAAGGUUUUAACCUCUUCAUCUGCCAAUUUAGAUAAGAAAUGAGGGUGGUUAGCGAGAUAGAGAUUUUAUUUCUGGCUAUGAUGUGCCUUUUCUAGAUCUGUCCUGCUAAUUCCCACUCUGAUAGGAUUCAGUGUGUAAGAUUGAUUUUUUACAUGUGGUUUCGAUGAAAAGGCCAAAAAUUUCCCUCAAUUUACCCAACUGAAUACUGCAACCUUCUACAGGACCUGGAAAACACAUUUGCUGCAUUAGUGUCAGGUUGGCCCAGGAGUGGCCAGCCACCCAGCCUGGGAGGCUAGGUGUGUUCCAACUAAGAAGGUGCUCCAGAGGGAACAUGGGGCUUGGGUGUGGCAUGCUAGGGCCCACCCCGACCAGCUCUCAGGAGCUGAUUGUUAAAUCUUCAGGAAUUUUUGAGGCGGUUGGUGGCUUGAACUUGGCCAUGGUGGGAGUAUUUACACCACGGAAACCAGCAAGAGCCAUAAAUCAGAGCCCCCCCCUCCCCUGCACCUCUGCCCUCCCAGACCUGGUUCACCAGCACAUCACUGGGACUUGGGGCCCGAGGAACAUGUUCUCUACAUGGCUGUGUGGCCUUCAGGAGGCAUUUAACUUCUCUGAGUCUUUCAUCUACACCAUGGCUCAGUAUGCUUAUUUGGCUUAGUGUACCAGGUUUUUGUUGGAGGGGGGUGUGGGAACAGGAGCACAGGACUGGGAUUGAAUGUACGAUAUGAGUGAACAUGCUCUGAAAUCCUAUGAAGUACAAAGCACACAGGAGGAAUUAGAAUUUUUUUUUUUUUUUUCACGGUACGUGGGCCUCUCACUCUUGUGGCCUCUCCCGUUGCGGAGCACAGGCUCUGGACGCGCAGGCUCAGAGGCCAUGGCUCACGGGCCCAGCCGCUCCGCGGCAUGUGGGAUCUUCCUGGACCGGGGCACGAACCUGUGUCCCCUGCAUCAGCAGGCGGACUCUCAACCACUGCGCCACCAGGGAAGCCCUAGAAUUUUUAAAAAAAAAUAUUUUCUUGGUCCUUGCCCCCUUUUCUUUUAUUCUUUUUUUUUUAAAAAAAUAUUUAUUUAUUUGGCUGCAUCGGGUCUUAGUUGUGGCACGCAGGAGCUUCGUUGUGGCAUGUGGGCUCUCUAGUUGUGGCGCGCAGGCUCAGUUGCCCAGCGGCAUGUGGGAUCUCAGUUCCCUGACCAGGGAUCGAACCCGCAUUCCCUGCAUUGGAAGGUGGAUUCUUAACCACUGGACCACCAGGGAAGUCCCAGAAUUUUUACAUAAAGGCAAGAGGCCAACCUGGUUCCCUUCUAGCCUGAUGAUUUACCUAAGUCAUCACUGAAUUUUUGGUGUUAUAGUCUGAAAGGGAAACAUGCAUAGAUUUUAAAAUCUUUUUUUAAUUUUUUUUUUGGCUUUCAUGUCAGAAAGGCCCUGGGUAAAGUUCUGUUGGGCACGUCAGCUAGUGUUGUCAUUCUUGUGAGUGAUUUCAGUAAUGCCAGACUAGCUUUCAGAAAUAUAUGUUUGAAAAACACCUCAUCGUUGGGACUUCCCUGGCAGUCCAGUGGUUAAGACUUUGCCUUCUGGUGCAGGGGAUGCGGGUUCGAUCUCUGGUCAUGGAGCUAAGAUACCACAUGCCUCAUGGCCAAGAAACCAAAAAACAUAAAACAGAAGCAAUAUUGUAACAAAAUUCAAUAAAGACUUUAAAAAUGGUCCCUAUAUUGAAAAAAAAAUCUUAAAAAAAAAAAAAGAAAAACCUCUUGUUGAUAAGGAGGUUUUACUACCCCCGCUUACAAAUAGGAGAACCAGAGCUCCCAGCAGAGGGGUAGGAAACGUGGCAGAGCUGUAAUUUGGAAUCUGCCUCCAAAGGGCAGGAUUAUUUCACUUUGGCUGCACUGCCCUUCAGUUCAAGGACCUGAGCCCUUCAAUGUGGGAAGGUUGGGAAGAGUGUAUGAUGAUCUGGGCAAAACACGAAGCAGCUGUGCUCUUGUAGGCAGCACUGUUCUGAUUUGCUUUUGUUCUGAUAGAAAUCUUGUUGGCUCUUUCACUCAUUAGGUUCUUCUGGUUGGGCUCAGACCUGCUGUGACGAGCCUGUAAAUCUGAAAAUGAACCCCACGGGUAUAGCAGACACCACCCUGGAUGAAAGCAUCUAUAACAAUUAUUAUCUUUAUGAAAGCAUCCCCAAACCUUGCACCAAGGAAGGUAUCAAGGCAUUUGGGGAGCUCUUCCUGCCCCCGCUCUACUCCUUGGUCUUUCUGUUUGGUCUGCUUGGAAACUCUGUGGUGGUUCUGGUCUUGUUCAAGUACAAGCGGCUCAAGUCCAUGACCGACGUGUACCUGCUCAACCUUGCCAUCUCGGACCUGAUCUUUGUGCUCUCGCUCCCCUUCUGGGGCUACUAUGCCGCAGACCAGUGGGUGUUCGGGCUCGGACUCUGCAAGCUAGCUUCCUGGAUGUACCUGGUGGGCUUCUACAGUGGCAUAUUCUUCAUCACACUCAUGAGCAUCGAUAGGUACCUGGCCAUUGUGCACGCGGUCUUCUCCCUGAGAGCGAGGACCUUGACGUACGGGGUCAUCACCAGCGUGGCCACGUGGGCAGUGGCUGUGCUCGCCUCCCUCCCAGGCCUUGCGUUCAGCACGUGUUAUACUGAGUACAACCACACCUACUGCAAAACCAAGUAUUCUUUCAACUCCACGAGGUGGAAGGUUCUGAGCUCCCUGGAGAUCAACAUUCUAGGGCUGGUGAUCCCCUUGGGGAUCAUGCUGUUCUGCUACUCCAUGAUCAUUAGGACCUUGCAGCACUGCAAAAAUGAGAAGAAGAACAAGGCAGUGAAAAUGAUCUUUGCCGUGGUGGUCCUCUUCCUGGGGUUCUGGACCCCUUACAACGUGGUGCUCUUCCUGGACACCCUGGUGGAGCUAGAGGUCCUUCAAGACUGCACCUUUGAGAGACACCUGGACUAUGCCAUUCAGGCCACAGAGACCCUGGCUUUUGUUCACUGCUGCCUUAAUCCGGUCAUCUACUUUUUCCUGGGGGAGAAAUUUCGCAAGUACAUCGUACAGCUCUUCAAAACCUGCCGGGGCACUUUGGUGCUCUGCCAGUACUGUAGGCUCCUCCCGAUUUACCCCGACAUCCCCAGCUCAUCUUACACACAGUCCACGGUGGACCACGAUCUCCACGAUGCUCUGUAA